AUGUCGUUUCACGCGUGCGAUGUCGAACUAUGCAAUGAGGAUUUGGUUCAACUGUCUACCCGAGAAAGGAUUUUCCAUUUCUCAAAGGAAACCAUUGCGAAACUCAAAGAGAAAGCGAACGCCGAGAUCAGCACCGACAAGAUCUCGUCUCUUCAAGCUUUGUUGUCUCAUGUUUGGCGAUCUGCUAUACGAAACAGAAGCUUAGACCCUAAUGAAGAGACCAAAUUUCGCAUCGUAGUCGGUGCUAGACAAAGGUUUCGGGAGCUUCCGGACAACUAUUUCGGGAAUGCAAUUAUGGGCACAUUUCUAACUAUGAAACCAAAGGAGCUAAUCGAACAAGGAAUUGGCAACCCGGCGUGGCGAAUGAAUAGAACGAUAUCCGCGGUGACCGGAGAAAGUUUGAAAAAGUUCUUGGAAUCUUGGCCAGCAAGACCGAAUUUUGUAUAUAUGAGCCAUGUCGACGCUCUGAUCACGAUUAUUUCCCCUCGAUUCGUUAUGUAUGGUAAUGAUUUUGGAUGGGGAAAGCCGGUUGCAGUACGAAGCGGGUCAUCGAACAAGGUGGACGGAAUGCUGACAUUAUUUGGUAGAGCAGAAGCAGGAAGUAUUGAUGUUGAAGUGUGCCUUUUAGCAGAGACGUUGGAGGCUAUUGCAAAUGAUGAUGAAUUCAUGGAUACCGUCACCAGUUAA